AUGGGGACACACGGCAGGAAAAAGUCAUGCUCGCUGCUGCUGGUGCUGGCUACAGUGGCCCUGGUCUCCUCUCCAGGAUGGAGUUUUGUCCAGGGAACCCCAGCAACCUUUGGACCUGUUUUCGAAGAGCAGCCUGUAGGCUUGCUGUUCCCAGAGGAAUCCACAGAGGAUCAGGUGACAUUGGCAUGUCGUGCCCGAGCUAGCCCGCCAGCUACCUAUAGAUGGAAGAUGAAUGGCACUGUUAUGAACCUGGAACCCGGUUCCCGUUACCAGCUGAUGGGGGGCAACCUGGUCAUCAUGAGCCCCACCAAGGCCCAGGAUGCUGGUGUCUACCAGUGCCUGGCUUCAAACCCAGUGGGCACUGUCGUCAGCAAGGAGGCGGUCCUCCGCUUUGGCUUUCUGCAGGAAUUCUCCAAGGAAGAGAGAGACCCAGUGAAAACCCACGAGGGCUGGGGGGUGAUGCUGCCCUGUAACCCACCUGCCCACUACCCAGGUUUGUCCUACCGCUGGCUCCUCAAUGAGUUCCCCAACUUCAUCCCAACGGAUGGGCGUCACUUCGUGUCCCAGACCACAGGAAACCUGUACAUUGCUCGGACCAAUGCCUCAGACCUAGGCAACUACUCUUGUCUGGCCACCAGCCACAUGGACUUCUCCACCAAGAGUGUCUUCAGCAAGUUCGCGCAGCUCAACCUGGCGGCUGAAGAUCCCCGACUCUUUGCUCCCAGCAUCAAAGCCAGGUUCCCCCCAGAGACCUAUGCACUGGUCGGGCAGCAGGUCACCCUGGAGUGCUUUGCCUUUGGGAACCCUGUUCCCAGGAUCAAGUGGCGUAAAGUGGAUGGUUCUUUGUCCCCGCAGUGGGCCACAGCAGAGCCCACCCUGCAGAUCCCCAGCGUGAGCUUUGAAGAUGAGGGCACCUAUGAAUGUGAGGCAGAGAAUUCUAAGGGCCGUGACACCGUCCAGGGACGCAUCAUUGUGCAGGCUCAGCCUGAGUGGCUCAAGGUGAUCUCAGACACAGAAGCCGACAUUGGUUCCAACCUGCGUUGGGCCUGUGCAGCAGCAGGCAAGCCUCGGCCCAUGGUGCGCUGGCUGAGAAAUGGGGAGCCUCUGGCCUCCCAGAACCGAGUGGAGGUCUUGGCUGGGGACCUGCGAUUCUCUAGGCUGAGCCUGGAGGACUCUGGCAUGUACCAGUGUGUGGCGGAAAAUAAGCACGGUGCUAUCUAUGCCAGCGCUGAGCUAGCUGUGCAAGCCCUGGCCCCCGACUUCAGGCAGAACCCUGUGAGACGGCUGAUCCCCGCAGCUCGUGGGGGAGAAGUCAGCAUCCCCUGCCAGCCGCGCGCAGCCCCAAAGGCUACUGUGCUUUGGAGCAAGGGCACUGAGAUUUUGGGGAACAGUUCCAGAGUGACUGUAACCUCAGAUGGCACCUUGAUUAUCAGAAACAUAAGUCGAUCGGAUGAAGGCAAAUACACCUGCUUUGCUGAGAAUUUCAUGGGCAAAGCUAACAGUACUGGGAUCCUGUCUGUGCGCGACGCAACCAAGAUCACUCUAGCGCCUUCGAGUGCUGACAUCAACGUGGGUGAUAACCUGACCCUCCAGUGCCAUGCCUCCCAUGACCCCACAAUGGACCUCACCUUCACCUGGACCCUGGAUGACUUUCCCAUUGACUUUGAUAAGCCUGGAAGUCACUACCGGAGGGCCAGUGUGAAGGAAACUGUUGGGGACCUGACUAUCCUGAAUGCCCAGCUACGCCACGGAGGGAAGUACAUGUGCAUGGCCCAGACAGUGGUGGACGGUGCAUCCAAGGAGGCCACAGUCCUGGUCCGAGGUCCUCCAGGUCCCCCGGGAGGUGUGGUAGUGAGAGACAUCGGAGACACCACUGUCCAGGUUAGCUGGAGUCGUGGCUUUGACAAUCACAGCCCCAUUGCCAAGUACACGCUGCAAGCUCGCACUCCUCCUGCUGGGAAGUGGAAGCAGGUUCGGACCAAUCCUGUGAACAUCGAGGGCAAUGCCGAGUCUGCCCAGGUAUUGGGUCUCAUGCCUUGGAUGGACUACGAGUUUCGGGUUUCAGCUAGCAACAUCUUGGGCACAGGGGAGCCCAGCGGGCCAUCCAGCCGAAUCCGGACCAAGGAAGCAGUUCCCUCAGUGGCACCAUCAGGACUCAGCGGAGGGGGCGGAGCCCCUGGAGAGCUCAUUAUCAACUGGACUCCCAUGUCACGGGAGUACCAGAAUGGAGAUGGCUUCGGCUACCUGCUGUCCUUCCGCAGGCAAGGCAGCUCCAGUUGGCAGACUGCCCGGGUGCCCGGUGCUGAUGCCCAGUACUUCGUCUACAGCAAUGACAGCAUCCAUCCCUACACACCCUUUGAGGUCAAGAUCCGAAGCUACAACCGCCGGGGGGAUGGGCCUGAGAGCCUCACUGCGCUUGUGUAUUCAGCAGAGGAAGAGCCCAGGGUGGCCCCUGCCAAGGUCUGGGCCAAGGGGUCCUCAUCCUCAGAGAUGAACGUGAGCUGGGAACCUGUGCAGCAGGACAUGAAUGGCAUUCUCCUGGGGUACGAGAUCCGCUACUGGAAAGCCGGAGACAAAGAAGCAGCCGCUGAUCGUGUGAGGACCGCGGGGCUAGACACUAGCGCCCGAGUCACUGGCUUGUACCCCAACACCAAGUACCACGUAACUGUGAGGGCCUACAACCGCGCUGGCACUGGACCAGCCAGCCCUUCAGCCGAUGCCAUGACCAUGAAGCCCCCACCACGACGACCUCCUGGCAACAUCUCCUGGACUUUCUCAAGCUCCAGUCUCAGCCUGAAGUGGGACCCUGUGGUCCCCCUCCGAAAUGAAUCCACGGUCACUGGCUACAAGAUGCUGUAUCAGAAUGACUUCCACCCAACUCCUACGCUCCACCUCACCAGCAAGAACUGGAUAGAAAUCCCAGUGCCUGAAGACAUAGGACACGCCCUGGUACAGAUUCGAACCACAGGGCCGGGAGGGGAUGGGAUCCCAGCAGAAGUCCACAUCGUGAGAAAUGGAGGCACAAGCAUGAUGGUGGAGAAUUCUGCAGUCCGCCCCGCCAGUCCUGGCCCCUUGCUCUCCGGCGUGGUGACACUCAUGCUCACUGGCCUCCGGAAGCUCUGA